GUUCAACACCUCUGCCUCCCCUCAUCGCCUUUAGCAAGAUUUUGGGUUGAGUUGCACGACAUUGGAAGGCAGCGUGUUCCAGUUGGCGCUUUGAGCUCUCUAGGCCUCUCUACCAGAUUCACUUUUCUCCAUGCAGCAAAGGCGCAGGACAAAUCCAGGAAGUCGGGAUGAAGGGUAGAAGGAAGAAUCCUCUUUAGGUCUCUGCCUGAUUCGCUUGUCUCAACCUAGCAAAGUUGUGUGAAAACCCAGAAAGUGGGGAUGAAGGGUGGAAGGAAGAAUUUGAAAAGGUCCAUGGGGGAUGACCUCCCAUCCCUUCAAGAGGGGCAGUCCAUAAUGAAAGUGGCCUCUCUCCGAGGCUCCAAUAUCAUCGAGGUGAUUGAUGCCAAAGGAGAUAAAUCACUGGCAUUGUUUCCUGCAAAGUUCCAGAAGAGCAUUUGGAUUAAACAAGGUAGCUUUGUAAUUGUUGAUGGAAGCGGAAUGGACAAGGCACUCGAAUUUGGACAUAAGGUCACGUGUAUUGUCUCACAAGUCCUGUUCUACGAGCAAGUUCGAGCUCUUCAAAGAUCACCAGAAUGGCCAGAAGUAUUUUGCAGUGAGAGGAGUGAGCAUGGACCAACAGAGAAUGCUCAUCCCACAGAAAGACAAUGUUCAAGUGAUGAGGAUGAUGACCUUCCUCCACUUGAAGCCAACUUAAACAGAAUCCGGCCAUCACAUUUAUAUGUGGAGUCUGAUGCUGAUUCGGACGCAUCUUCAGAUUAAUUGAACAAAGUGACCUUCUUAAGCUUUAUCAAAUUGGCUGCUGUUGAAGUUAUACUAGCGCAGCUUUCAGGAGUUCAGUGCUGAUGUUAACUUAAGAUUAGGAGCUUCUCAAGUCUACUGAUCUGCUUCAAUUGUUGUUGGUUUUGAACAAUGUGAUUGAUUAAUGCUUAACAUGUCAACGCUUGAUUGAGCCCUAAAGAAGGGCAAUUUUCUGUUAGAAGAAGGUGUCUUUCUUUCAAAACAACGCCUCGCAUUUUGAUCAUUCUCUACUGGCCUUUUUCA